UGUAGCCCAUACACGCACAACAUCGAGACAUGUUUUUUCGAAUAUUGUCCAGAAAAUAACACAGAUUUUUUGGUGUCCGAUGGCGCUUUCACUUUUGUUCUUCCGUGGCAUUUCCCUUCUGAACGGAAACAUCAGUUUCUAUGAAAAGUAAUUAUGAGGAUUUUUUCUGACCUUUUGUGUUUUAUUGAUCCCAUUUUAAGUCUGUAUCAUGCCUAUAUGCUUUGUGGUUAUAUUGUAGUUACUGACAUGACUGAGCAUUGAGGAAGUAUACUGAUUGCACUGUUAAGUCAUUGGUGAUUGCAUAUCUUUAUAAUAACCCGCUGGAUAAAAUUCGAAUUUGGUAUCGUAUCUUGUUGGAAAAUGAACUACAUCUUUUACGAACAGAUCAACUGAUGUUCCACGCCAUUAUUACACAAUAAUCGCAGCUUCAUGAUCCAAUUAUUUUUGUGAAGAUGACGUCAUUGCAAAAUUGGUUCUUGACAUUAAUGUUUUAUUCUUUUCUGCUUGCAAGAGGCACCGCCAGCAUUACAAGUGGAUUGUCAGGUUGGCAGGCGUUAGGAAAAAGUUCCUAUCGAUUCGUUAAUAUUCCUCAAACUUUCGAUGAUGCUCGAACUUACUGCCAGAACUUUGGUGGAGAUCUAGCACAGUUAAAAUCAAGGAAUAUUACCGAAUUUGUUCAAAUUUUGAUAGGCAAUCACUCGGCCUGGUUUGGCCUUCACCAUGUUCACGAUCUGGAUGAAAGCUGCAACUACCGUUGGAUUGACGGAUCCUCGCUUGAGAAUAGUUUCACCGGAUGGACGGGGUCACCAGUUUGCAUCAGAAACAUCAACUGCGUUCAACUUGGAGAAGGAACAUGGCAGGAACGUAACUGCUCUUCUCCGGGCUCUUUUGUUUGCGAAAACUCAGAUAUCCACAACGCUAUUAAGCGACCAGCUGAAGUUUACCAGUGGAUUUCUAAUCCAUUUGAUCCAGUCUCUCUGCUGAAAGUCUUGGUAAUCGCACCCGAAAUGGAAGAAAGGAUCGUUUGCAAACACAUCACCUACGACGGAAGGGAUGCACCAACCCAGCCUAUCCCGACUAGCACCGUAACACCACCGGCGUCCCGAUCGUCUGCAGUCCACGAAUUGCAGUUGGAUCCGGAUUCUAAAUACCAAGCGGCCGGUAAAAUUGAUUGCGGGGUUUCGUCGGAGUUCGAUCGGCAUACAACAACCACCGUAUCGGCAUUUCAUCUUGUAGGACUACCUGACAGAGAGGCGGAGCCAGUGUCAGGACGAUUUACAGUGAUGAGUUACCCAGGAACAUUUGUCAUAGUGGAAAUGGAUACCAUCAGACGACUGAGAAUGCUUCGUCUUCGGCUUCUUACGUGGACAUUUCAUACGUCCGAUAUCAGCAGAGGGGAUGUAAUCUUCCCAUCUUUGCACGACACAGUCCAUGGCAUAGCGUCUGCAAGGGAGGAAGACGAGGGAACAUAUGUAGCAAUAAUCUAUGAUUCAAACAACAGUCAGAGAUUCGUCCAGUUUAAUGGAAGUGCAAUUCGGCUUAUAGUUCCUGAUUGUCCGGAAGGAAGAUGGGGUCCCCCAACGUGUCUAGGUACGUGUAACCCCUGCUUCAAUGGAGGGAUCUGCCAUUAUCUUUCUGGAUCAUGCAUCUGUCCACCAGGCUUCACAGGAGACAGUUGUCUUACAGCAUGUGGCGAGGGUCGCUUUGGUUCAGAUUGUGAGAUUACGUGUGGAAUUGACCAGGAGCUCAGCAUGCCUUGUGCCGGAAGUCAGAUCUGUCGCCCUGAUCCUUACGGGUGCAAUUGCAUGUCGGGAUAUACCGGAAAGUACUGCAACCAAACCUGUUCAGCCGGUCUGUACGGUGUGGACUGUCUUCAAAUUUGUCACUGUUCAGAAGGGAACCCCUGUAAUAUCGUCAGCGGGGAAUGUCCGGGUGAAUGUGAGAACGGCUGGACGGGUCCAAGCUGUCAAGUUCCUGAAAUUUGCCCAGAAGGGUUCUACGGCGAGGACUGCAGUAAAGUGUGCCACUGCCUGAACGCGUCCUGUGAUCUGCAAACUGGUUUCUGCUUCAGGUCUAACGGUGUGUGCGCCAGUGGGUAUAUGACGGAUCCCAUGAGGGGGACAUAUUGCGAUAUCUACGUUGGUUGUUUUGAUUCGUGUUCCAAGACGUGCCAUUGUUCUGAAGGAGCACCAGAUUGCAAUUCCGUGACUGGUAGUUGUUACUCUGGAAAGUGUUCCCCUGCAUGGGGUGGGCCAGCCUGCCAAACGGUCAAAGAAAUUUUGCAGACAAGUACCAUAUCAACGGUAUCUUCUGGAGCUGGCAUCAAUGAGAGAUCUAUUGGUGUCUGGACGGGUGGUAGUGCCUUGUGGGCUCUCUUGGCGACCAUUCUCGUCUUUCUUGUGGCGUGCCUCGCUGCAUUACUGAGGAUGAGGAACAGAAUUUCGACAUCGGAAACACGACAAUCGAAUGCUGAAGAAACCCCCUCGGACCCUACUUAUCAAACUCUUAACGAGAGACCCGAUGCUAUAGGAACCGAUAUCACGAGUCGUUCUUUAGGCAACAGUCUUGGCGUGCGGCUGUCUUCACCUGGUGAUGCCGUAAGGGAAGGAGCAUAUCAGCCUCUCUACAAGGGCCCAAGUGCUGUCACAACCAAUCUUCCAAUGGGCACUUUAAGUAAUGACUACGUUGACGAGGACCAGCCUUCCUCUACUGCAGAUGCCGUCCUAUCCGAACACGCUUACCAACCCCUCUUUAAGGGUCCCAAACCUACAGGAAGAACGAUUGGUGUUGGGAAUGAUGACGCGUAUGACUAUCCGAUUUCCAUGGAAAAUGCAAGUUCGAAGCCAAAUGUUACUGAGAGCGACAAUUUCAACGAAUAUGAAAAGCCAAUCAGUUCGUCUGAUGUCAUCUAUCAGAACAGCGGUGUUAAGAUGAUAGGCAAUUCCAAAUCAAAUUAGUUGUUAUCGAGUGGAUUAGACUUCCAGAAUUAAUGCGCUCCGAACAAAAGAUAGUAUCUAUAAGGACCUACAUAAUUAUGAUGGCAGGUGUUAAUACAAAAUUAAUUUUAUGGGUCAUACUCAUCAUUGUAUAUUAGCCGAUGUAAAUACAAUAGAGACAGUUUUCGUGUAUAGUUAUUUCAUGUUUAUAUCUUCCUUUUAAUUAUGCGUCAUUAUUUAGUUGAAAUGACUUCAUGGUUAUAACAAUCAUUCUAUCUUUCCCAUCCUUGUUUAGAGGACAAAAAUCCGGGCGAAAAUC